GACCUUUUUAUACAUCAGGUCAUCCAUCCCGCUAUAUUCGCCUCUUGAGUAAGGUCGACUCCUGUCUCAUCCCUUGGAAGCACCAAGCCCUACCAUCUAUAUAUUUCCCUUAUCAUCUCUUUCAACCCCUAUCGAUUGACCAAUGUCAAGUUGUCAAUUGUAGCAUCUCUCGGACACCUCAGGCCAUAUCAACUUCGGUGUAGGACUUUUGUGACUCAUAGGCCUGCUCAGCCUUAUGGUGCAUAAUUGUGCUAACCGUUACCGUGUCUCUUGACACAGUUUCCAACAGAGCUAUCAUCGACCUUCUCCCGUCUACCAUAAAUCUGUACCCCACACCCCCGUGUUAUACCGAGUCAUCAUCAUGUCCUUCUCCAACCCUCGAAGGACUCCGGUGACUCGCCCGGACUCUGAUUCCGGCAAUGGCUUAACCCUUAAGACGAACUUGACUCUACGGAAGGGUGCAACCUUCCAUUCUCCUACUACUCCUCCGUCUAGUCCACCUGCUGCUACUACGUUCAAAGUACCGUCACUACCUCGUCGAUCCCAAACAACCCUCGAUGAUGUUGUCGAUGCUCACGUUCGUCGUGCUGCCCUGAACAUUGGCAAGUUCGAGGUAACCCUAUCGGCUAUCAAGGCCGAGCCCUCGUCCCCCUCCAGCUCUUUACCGGAAGACAUUCUUCCCAUCCCUAGAGGUUUCCUGGACCACACAAUAGUCGGAGACACGAUGUCUGAGGAACCUUCCGUUGCGGAGACGGAGCGACGAGUGUUGCGCCCUCGCAACCGCCGCUCUUCUCGCCACCAUGAAUCUGACAGUGGCCUGGGUUCAUCCAUUGCCUCCACCAACCAGAAGCGGAAGGAGGCCAAGUCUACUGGAGGUAGCGCCGCAGCUAUCACGCGUUCCGUCACUGCUACCAGGUCUCAGGAUAAUCAACGUCUUAGUGACCGUGCUAAGAACCGUAUCCAUGAGCAUAUCUUGAAACCACUGUUACAGGACCGCUCACUCAAGGACUUCCGUCCCAUUGUCAAUGACUGUCCCAGAAGGAUCCAGGAAAACCAGAUCGUUUGUCUUAGGGAUCUCGAGAAGACCCUUAUCUUUAUGGCACCGGAGAAGGCAAAAACUGUCGAAUUAUACCGUGACUUCUGCCUCACUUCGAUUCGAUGUAUCCAAGCGACCGUCGAAUACCUCUCUGAUAGAGAACAAACCCGACCUCACGACCGGCCCUACAAUAACGGUUACUUCAUUGAUCUUGUCGAACAAAUUCGCCAACACGCGCAACUGAUGCAGGAGGCCCGUAAGAGGCAAGCCGACGGUGAAGAAUUGGACGAUAUGGAAGUCGACCCAACGGACGAGGUCAAACUCAUGGGCGGCCUUACUACAAACGGACGACCUGCCGAAUUGGUCCGCGUGAAGAAGAACGGCAAGGCCUUCUCCAUGGCCACCGGCAAACCCGUUGAAGAUCUCGAGGACGACGAGGCUAAGGGUCCAAUCCGGUUCAAGCGUUCGAUGAGCGAACAAGCCGAGGACGAGGAAGAGAUCAUGCGAUCCAUGGCUCGCCGAAAGAAGAACGCUUCUCCUGAGGAGCUGGCUCCCAAGAAGUGCAACCACCCGGGUUGCAAUAAAGAGUUCAAACGACCUUGCGACCUGACGAAACACGAGAAGACCCAUUCUCGUCCUUGGAAGUGCCCUAUUCCCACAUGCAAAUACCACGAGUAUGGCUGGCCUACUGAGAAAGAGAUGGAUCGGCACGUUAACGACAAACACUCGGCUGCUCCCCCGAUGUAUGAGUGCCAUUUCAAACCUUGUCCCUACAAGUCUAAACGUGAAUCCAAUUGCAAACAGCAUAUGGAGAAAGCGCACGGGUGGACAUACGUCCGAACCAAAACCAAUGGCCAGAAGAAAUCCAGCAAGGCUGGUAGCUCUGCUCAUCCCACACCUCUAAUUAAAAGUCUACCCACCCCUAGUAGUGAGCAGACUGAUCCCGUCAUGACGCCACCCGAGGAUUCUGUCUUCGGACGCUACAACGACCACGAGUUCCCUUCGUAUCCUUCAGACCAGGAAUUCAACGCUAGCUUGUAUGAGCACCAGCCAUUCGACGGAGAUAUUCAGCUUGACUUCUCUCCGAUCGACAACAGCACACCUUCCACUGACUCUGGCCAAUUUAAUUCCUUCGAGGACCUCAGUCCCGAGUUUACUGGUCAAUUCGAGGAUAUUUAUGGCGCUCCUGUACAGCUGCCAACUCCUUCACACUCAAUCUACAACAAGGGCAUCAAGGAUUUCGAGGCCUAUGACCACUAUGAGAACUUCAACAUGAAUGCGUGUCAACAGUUCACUAUGCCACAACUCGCGGCUGGCGGCCAAGGUGGCCAAGUCAUGUUAACGCCACCAACAAUGGUGGAUGAGGGCUUCGAGGACUUUCAGCCUGCUUGUUCCAAUCAAUUUGGUCAUGAUUUCCCUCUCUUCCCGACUAGCUCGAUGGAUAAAUCGAACAAUUUUGGCAGUACCCUCUUCGGUACCAUCACGCCCAGCCUUGCUGCCGGUUACACCCAGCCAUCAUCGCAAGACUUCAACAUGGACUAUAAUCAGAAUAUGGAUUGGACGCCGGACUACUCAGGAUCUCUAUAGGAGUCUUGUGUGGCUAUUGGAUGGGAAGCAAUGUAAAGAGCUAGUGUCAUGCAUGCUUUCUGGCAAUUUUCGGCUUCCAGCUGGUUUUCAUGAUGUUACGAUGAUGACUUAUCGUUGAUAGGGCGCGAAUUGGGGGAAAGGAAUCCAUCCCAGACUGCUUUCUGAAGAUUAUGGUACGGGGAUAUUGAGGGCUGGAUAGACGAUGUUCUGCUUGUCCCUGUGUACACAUUCGUGUUACUUUACUUCGACUUCUCAGCUUU